GGAGGAGGGAGCGGGAGUCGGGCGAGAGCCAGUGGAGGAGUCCGCCUGCUGUAGUGUGCGUAAGCAGGGCAGCUACGCCGGGCGGCUACGCCGCGGAAUCGGCGUAGGCGCCUUUGGAGAAUCGGCGGGCUGCGCUCCGCUGGGGCUGGUCGCGGAGGGGGGGAGGGGAUGUCGGUCAGUGCGAGAUCCGCUGCUGCUGAGGAGGGGAGCGUCAACAGCAGCACCAUGGCAACAGAAGAACCUUGAAGGCUAUGUGGGAUUUGCCAAUCUCCCAAAUCAAGUAUACAGAAAAUCAGUGAAGAGAGGUUUUGAAUUCACGCUUAUGGUAGUGGGUGAAUCUGGAUUGGGAAAGUCGACAUUAAUCAACUCAUUAUUCCUCACAGAUUUGUAUUCUCCAGAGUAUCCAGGUCCUUCUCAUAGAAUUAAAAAGACUGUACAGGUGGAACAAUCCAAAGUUUUAAUCAAAGAAGGUGGUGUUCAGUUGCUGCUCACAAUAGUUGAUACCCCAGGAUUUGGAGAUGCAGUGGAUAAUAGUAAUUGCUGGCAGCCUGUUAUCGACUACAUUGAUAGUAAAUUUGAGGACUACCUAAAUGCAGAAUCACGAGUGAACAGACGUCAGAUGCCUGAUAACAGGGUGCAGUGUUGUUUAUACUUCAUUGCUCCUUCAGGACAUGGACUUAAACCAUUGGAUAUUGAGUUUAUGAAGCGUUUGCAUGAAAAAGUGAAUAUCAUCCCACUUAUUGCCAAAGCAGACACACUCACACCAGAGGAAUGCCAACAGUUUAAAAAACAGAUAAUGAAAGAAAUCCAAGAACAUAAAAUUAAAAUAUAUGAAUUUCCAGAAACAGAUGAUGAAGAAGAAAAUAAACUUGUUAAAAAGAUAAAGGACCGUUUACCUCUUGCUGUGGUAGGUAGUAAUACUAUCAUUGAAGUUAAUGGCAAAAGGGUCAGAGGAAGGCAGUAUCCUUGGGGUGUUGCUGAAGUUGAAAAUGGUGAACAUUGUGAUUUUACAAUCCUAAGAAAUAUGUUGAUAAGAACACACAUGCAGGACUUGAAAGAUGUUACUAAUAAUGUCCACUAUGAGAACUACAGAAGCAGAAAACUUGCAGCUGUGACUUAUAAUGGAGUUGAUAACAAUAAGAAUAAAGGGCAGCUGACUAAGAGCCCUCUGGCACAAAUGGAAGAAGAAAGAAGGGAGCAUGUAGCUAAAAUGAAGAAGAUGGAGAUGGAGAUGGAGCAGGUGUUUGAGAUGAAGGUCAAAGAAAAAGUUCAAAAACUGAAGGACUCUGAAGCUGAGCUCCAGCGGCGCCAUGAGCAAAUGAAAAAGAAUUUGGAAGCACAGCACAAAGAAUUGGAGGAAAAACGUCGUCAGUUUGAGGAUGAGAAAGCAAACUGGGAAGCUCAGCAACGUAUUUUAGAACAACAGAACUCUUCGAGAACCUUGGAAAAGAACAAGAAGAAAGGGAAGAUCUUUUAAACUCUCUAUUGACCACCAGUUACGUAUUAGUUGCCAAUAUGCCAGCUUGGACAUCAGUGUUUGUUGGAUCCGUUUGACCAAUUUGCACCAGUUUUAUCCAUAAUGAUGGAUUUAACAGCAUGACAAAAAUUACUUUUUUUUGUUGUUCUUGAUGGAGAUUAAGAUGCCUUGAAUUGUCUAGGGUGUUCUGUACUUAGAAAGUAAGAGCUCUAAGUACCUUUCCUACAUUUUCUUUUUUUAUUAAACAGAUAUCUUCAGUUUAAUGCAAGAGAACAUUUUACUGUUGUACAAUCAUGUUCUGGUGGUUUGAUUGUUUACAGGAUAUUCCAAAAUAAAAGGACUCUGGAAGAUUUUCAUUGAGGAUAAAUUGCCAUAAUAUGAUGCAAACUGUGCUUCUCUAUGAUAAUUAUAAUACAACGGUUCCAUUCAAUGCAGCAUAUACAAUAAUGUAAUUUAGUCUAACACAGUUGACCCUAUUUUUUGACACUUCCAUUGUUUAAAAAUACACAUGGAAAAAAAAAAACCCUAUAUGCUUACAGUGCACCUAGAGCUUUUUUAUAACAACCUCUUUUUGUUUGUUUGUUUUGGAUUCUUUAAAUAUAUAUUAUUCUCAUUUAGUGCCCUCUUUAGCCAGAAUCUCAUUACUGCUUCAUUUUUGUAAUAACAUUUAAUUUAGAUAUUUUCCAUAUAUUGGCCCUGCUAAAAUAGAAUAUAGCAUCUUUCAUAUGGUAGGAACCAACAAGGAAACUUUCCUUUAACUCCCUUUUUACACUUUAUGGUAAGUAGCAGGGGGGAAAAUGCAUUUAUAGAUCAUUUCUAGGCAAAAUUGUGAAGCUAAUGACCAACCUGUUUCUACGUAUAUGCAGUCUGUUUAUUUUACUAGAAAUGGGAAUCAUGGCCUCUUAAAGAGAAAAAAGUCACCAUUCUGCAUUUAGCUGUAUUCAUAUAUUGCAUUUCUGUAUUUUUUGUUUGUAUUGUAAAAAAUUCACAUAAUAAACGAUGUUGUGAUGUAA